GGGGCCACCCUGCGGGCCAGACGUGGCGCUGCGGCCGAGUUUGGGUGCAGCCUGCGGAACGUCUUCUGCCAGGCACAGAUGAACAUCCUAUUGUGGCCACCGCCGCUGCUGCUGCUUCUUGCGGCCCUUGUGGCCCAAGCCACCGCCGCCACCACCUAUCGACCGGACUGGAACCGUCUUCGAGGUCUGGCCAGGGGGCGGGUGGAGACCUGUGGAGGAUGACAGUUGAAUCGCCUAAAGGAGGUGAAGGCCUUUGUCACCCAGGACAUCCCACUGUACCACAACCUGGUGAUGAAGCACCUCCCUGGGGCAGACCCCGAACUCGUGCUGUUAAGUCGCAAUUACCUGGAACUAGAGCGCAUCCCACUCAGCGAAAUGACCCGAGACGAGAUCAAUACGCUGGUACAGGAGCUCGGCUUCUACCGCAAGUCGGCGCCAGACGCGAAGGUGCCUACCGAGCACCUGUGGGCGCCCGCUAAGCCACCCGAGGACGCUUCAGAGCGCGCCGACCUGUAACCCGGAGCCCCAGUGGAGCUGGGACACCCCCCCUCCCCCUUGCCAGCGCCCUGGAGACAGAAUGAGGCGCUCAGUAUCCCGGGAGCAUCUCUCUUGCUGAGAGCUGACGCCAGUCUUCGAGGCAACGGAAAUGGGGUGUGUGUAUGGGGGUCCUCUCAAUCCUCCUUUUUUCCUCCCUAGCUCUACUAAAAUCCCCUUCCACCCUUA